AUGAGGUUGGAGGUGAAGGUUAACAUCCUGUGCAACAUCACCAACAAGAACGACUUCGGAAACCUCAACACCCUGCUGGUCACCAAGGCCGAUGUGGAGGCCAUCUUCUCCAAAUACGGCAAGAUCGUGGGCUGCUCUGUGCACAAGGGCUUCGCCUUCGUUCAGUUCGCCAACGAGAGAAACGCCCGGUCUGCCGUCGGCGGGGAGGACGGGAGGAUGAUUGUCGGGCAAGUACUUGACAUCAAUCUGGCUGGAGAACCCAAACCACACAGGUCAAAAACCACCAAACGCUCAGCUGGAGACAUGUACAGGAGAAGACGGAAACACAAGACUGUUAAUGUUCUCAGAGACAACAGCUCGACGGACAUCAUGUCUUAA